AUGCCCCGCCCUGUUGGGCGGGGGAGAUCUGAGUUAGCAUGUAGAGCCAGGAGUCGAGGAGGCGGAAACACGGAUGAAGCCGCGUGGAUUAGCGACGGGGCCCCGCUCCCGUGCAGCAUCGGCGCGCCCCAUCGCCAGGCCAAGGCGGUCUUGUUCACACAGGGUCGAAGAAGCCCCAAGAGGCAAGUCAGCAGGCACUCGAGCACGCCGCAGCGCGCAGGAGGCGCGGAGGUGGACCAUCCAGACAAGAACCCCGAGAACAAGGAGACUGCGGAGGCGUCGUUCAGGAAAGUCGCCGAGGCCUACGAGGUCCUGCGAGACCCGGAGAAGCGCAGGCGGUACGACACCUUCGGCCCAGCGGGCUUGGAGGGAGCUGGUCCUGGCGUGCACGGAGGUUUCUCGCGAAAUCACGCCGACAACAUCUUCAACGCCUUCUUCGGGGGCCCGGACUGGGGCCCGAAGAGCGACUACUUAUUUUCGACGCCCUGUGACUACGGGGACCAGUUGGCGACGGACUCUGCUGCUGCGCGUGAUCGACCCGUUCAGCCACUUCGUGAAUCUAGACCUCAGUCUUCUGGGCGGGGGAAGUCCCAGGACCCUUUUGGUCUCGGCGGGGGGCUGCUCGGCGGGGAGCCGUCGCGGUUCUCGUUCGACACGGGCGCGGGCGCGCCUGGCCGCCCAAGACGGGCGGCCCACGCCGCGCACGCGAAGCCGCCGGGCGUGAGCGUGGUCGUCCGCGGGCUCACCAAGGCCCCCGAGCACAACGGCAGGUCGGCACAGAUCUGCAGGUGGGACGAGGCCCGCGAGAGGUACGACGUCCGGCUAGAUGCGGGCGACAUGCUCUCCCUCAGGCCAGGCAGCGUCGUGCAGCUCUGCGCGGUGGAGAUGACCGCCCUGGAGAGCAGGCCCGAGCUCAACGGCCUCAGGGGCCGCAUCUUCGGUUUCGACGAGGCCCCCGAGGCCGGUACAGGGUGCUCCUGGACGACCUCGCCACGGCCGUCGCCCUGCAGCCCGCCAACUGCGUGCUCCUGGACGAGGGCGUGCGGGUGUUGCUCCGGGGCCUGUCCAGCUCACCGGAGCUGA